AUGGGGAUCAGACUAUUUGUGUCCUUGAAUGAGGAGGAUCCGUUAACGAGUUUCCGGCUUGUGAAUCCAAAGGAUGGAGCUGUGGACGUGCUACCGAUUGAAUUCAAAUUCCUGAUCAAUGCGAGAAGUACAGAGGAGUACGAAGACUAUUAUGCAGACGCAAACGUUUGCGUGGAGCUAAAUGGGCUGUGGACGAAGUGCAAAGCGCCCGGAAGUCCGCAGAUCAUCCUCCGAUUGCUGCCGGAAGGCAACUACACGGCAGUAGCCUAUAUCACCGACAAGUCUGGCGAGGUUCGUUAUCACACAGCCGAGAAUGUUACAUUCACAGUGUUGGAUUCGACUACGUUCAACCUCUACUACGGAGAAAUGGCGGAGGGGAGUCGAACAGAACAGCACUUCCCAAAAGACAUCCAUCUUUUGCAGUGGGCAGAGCUGUUGCAGCAAGAGGUGGGCGACGACGAUGAUAUUGUGUUGCCGCGCUCUCAUGUAUCGCAUACUAGCAGCCCUAUGCUUGUGAUUGGCGUCAAGACGGCGGUCGUGACGGGCUUUCCUCGCAGACAAGCCAUUCGAGAUACUUGGGCUAAGCCAGCCACGCUUCCCUUCGAUGUGAAGGUUUUGUUUUUGGGCUGCGAGCCUGACCUGACAGAUUUCAAGAAUGAACAUGACCGAAGGCGAAUUUUACAGGCCAUUGCAAAGGAGAGAGUUGUCUAUAGAGACCUACUCACAGAGGAACUGGAGUGUACAGACUCGUACAGAGGUUUAUCUGACAAGGUGAAGUCGUUCAUGCACUUAGUUACAGCAGAAUUCCCUGAUACAAGGUUUAUAAUGCUUGCGGAUGAUGAUAUCUACCUGAAAAUUGAUCAACUGGCGGAGAAUCUACGUCUAGAAAACAGGCCAAGGUUGUACUUUGGCGAAGUGUGGGCCGUGAGGUUUGCAAGCAAACAACAGCCAAUUCGUGACGUCAACAGCCCGUAUUAUCUACCCAGCCAUCAGUAUUCGAUGCGGGCUUUGCUUCCGUUUGCGGUAGGGCCCCACUACGUCGUCUCAAUGGAAGGUGUACGCUUUAUCUCCAAGAACUAUUGGCGACUAAGCAGUAUGAACGGCUUGGAAGACGUGAGCUCGGGAUUUUGGCUUCGAACAAUGCAAAUUAAUGCACUACACAUGCCAGAAUUCUCUAGCCUGCGUGCCUCCAUGGUAUGCGAUGACACACUCCUUUCCUUUGCAGACUUGUCACCGUUAGGGAUCCGCUCGAUCCACGCGAACCUCGUUGAUAACCGGAGCUUCUGCCACGACUUUCAUUCCGUCAUGUGGCAUCGACACGUUCAUUCGAUCCCAAGUUUAAAAGAGUUACUGCAACAGCCAAGCCAUGAGGCUGCAGAGCCUCUGGAAGUAGAAUCGUUCCUCAGUAAUACCAACUCUGAUCAAGUGAUUGUCAUCGUCUCCACCCCCUCCAACGCUGGAAUCAAGGCACAAUUCCUACCAUCCGUCGAUUCGCUCGACGAGUUCGUCCAGACUAUCUGCACUCAAGUCCAAGCCUCCCCAACCUGCACCAGAACACUUCACCAUUACCUUCAGCAUGCCACGUCAGCCGGAAUAUCAACUUUGCCAACCCCAUGA